AUGCUUCCCGGAGCAGGACCGAACAAACAGCAAGUUUGUUUAGUGUUGCACGACAUGUGUCCCCAGGCAGGUGCUCGCGUGACACCGAUAUUCCUAUCGCUGCUGCUACUGCUGGCCAUCAUCGAGACGCACCGAACGGUCGGGGACAUUCCGGUGGACGAGUAUGACGACGAGCAGCUGUUGACGGUGGUGCCCUGCAUUCGGCGACUGUGCGAGAAGUACUUUCACUCCGAGCGCGCGAUGAAGGGCUCGCUGGCCAUCAUCAACAUCAAACCGGACGCGUCCGCCUUCCAGCUGAACAUCCUGAAGUCGUUCAACGAGGAUGCCCGCCACGAGAUGGGAGUGAUGGUGAAGGACGCCCGCAAGAAGCACUGGAACGCGUCCCACGUGACGGAGCGGGCCAAGAACUACCUGAUGCUGAUUGGGGACUCGUCGGAGCUGGCCGCUCCGAUCCAUCAGCUGCGUCGGCUGCCAACGUGGAACCCGCUGGCGCAGGUGGUGGUACUGUUUACCUCCGAAAUGACUCCACUGGUGUUCGAGAUCGAGGUGCGGAACGUUCUGCAGGAGCUGUUCGACAACUCGGUGCUGAACGUGAACGUGAUGGUGCAACGGUACAACACGAGCGUGCUGGAGGUGUGGACCUGGUUCCCGUACGAGAGUGGCGGAUGUGCGGACAACAUCGACCAAAUCCGGCUGGUGGAUGAGUGCGAGUACGUCGAGGUGGAACCGGACGAGGAGGCGAACGUGCGGGGCUCGUGGAUGUUCCGCGAGCGACACCACUUCUCCGACUUUGGGCCCAAGAUCCCGAAGUACUACAACUACUGCCCGCUGAAGAUUUCCACCAGCAUCUGGGAGCCGUUCGUGGUGGGCAACGAGAGCCUCAUCGAGAAGGGGCUCGAGGUGCUGAUGCUGGACACGAUCACGGCCCGGAUGCGCCUCAUUCCGGUGUACAACGUGAUCGAGGCGUCGCGUGCCACGGCCCGCAUCACCGCCGACAACCAGACGGGCCUGUACGCGGACGUGAUCCAGCGUCGGACGGACCUAAUGAUCGGUGGGCUGUACGAGAACCCGAUCAGUCGGAAGCUGCUGUCCGCCACCAUUCCCUAUUACCAGGAUGACCUUACCUGGUGCGUACCGACGGCCCGGCACGCGCCGAAGUGGCUGAACGUGUUCAUCAUCUUCAACAUCUGGACGUGGCUGAUAGCGAUCUUUAUCAUUUUCGCGGCGGCCGCACUCAUGUACCAGUUCAACUACGUCGAGGGCCUGUACCGUGAGAACUACACCUGGGUGUUGCUCCAGUCGCUCGCGUUCUCGCUCAGCGUGUACGCACACUACUGGCCGCGGCGUGUGUCGAUCCGCUUCUUCCUCAUCGGGUACAUGUUCUACGGGCUGCACUGGAACGCCGCGUACCACAGCUUCCUCAUCUCGGUGCUGACGCGCCCACGGUACGAGAUGCAGAUAGCCACCGUCGAGGAGGCGAUCGAGGCAGGGUUUCAGUUUUCCGGCGCCGAAAGUACCCUGCCCCACUUUGACAAACCGGAUGCCAUCUCGCGCCAUCUGGCUGCCGUGUACCGGGUAUGCCCUCAGAUGGAUGAGUGUUUGGCACGGUUGCGCACGGAGCGCACGCAGGCGGUGGCCAUCUCCCGGGCGCACUCGAGCAACAGCCGGCUGAUCGGUGAAGCGGAGAUGUACUGCUUCCCAAAGACCGAAAACGUGUACACGUACUCGGUGAGCAUGCUGGCCAAGAAGGACUUCCAUCUGCUGCCGAAGAUGAACGACCUGAUACGGCGCAUCAGCGAGUCCGGCCUGCUCGGGAAGUGGCAGAAGGAGAGCCAGAAGAUCCGCAUCGACGAGGGCGACGAGGACGACACGGUCGGGGCCGACGGUCAGACCAUCCUCCGGCUCGAUCACAUCGAGGGUGCGUUCCUGCUCGGUGCCGUCGGCGUGGGACUCUCCCUGCUGGCGUUCGUCGGCGAGCUGGUGUACUACCGGGCGAAGAGGAAGUACCGAUGGCGUAAUAAUCUUCUCGAUCGAUUGAUUUGCUAA